CUUAAAAUAAAAAUAUCAUAAUUUUAGAAAACAAUCUGAAAAUCUGGUUCUUCCUCUACACACUGGAAAGUAAAGCAUAUAUGCUACACCUACUAUUCUAAAGGGUUCCUACCUGAACAGAGGGAAAAGCAGCAGGGAAAAUGCCUUUGUCUAGCCACAUGCCUUUUAGAGCUAGAGAAAGCCACAGGGGGCUUUAGCAGCAACAGAGCCACCUGGCCCCAGCACUGCCUCUUGUGCUACUUUGUUCUAUUGGAGAUAUACCAAGAUGGAUGAGCGACCUUCCUAUACUCCUGUACCAGAGAAGAGAGGCAAGUUCCUUCCGUCUUAAACUAAGGUCAUUCCUAGGAAAAAGAAGGUCAGGAUAUGAUUCAGGAAAUAGAAUUGAGACUGGCUCCUAAUAGGAGAAACAGUCACUGAUUAAAAUUGCAAUGUAAGAUUCAUGUAUAAUCAAUUCUGCUAUAAUGCUUGGUGCAAAAAAUACGAAUUUGUUUCAAGAUGAUGGAUAUAUUAUGGAAUCAAGUAAGCAUAACUCAAAUUUCGUAUUUGCUUAUGCAUAAUUCUGCCAGUAAGAACCACUAAGUGACCACAGAAAACUGCACUCAGAGGACUCAAUAUAUAGGAAUACACAAAACAAUGAAAAAAAUCAGGAAAUACCUUUCUCACAAUCAGAGGGAAGGCAUUACACAUAUAUACAGAGACUUUAAAUAAAAAUUGCCAAGUCCUGCAAAAGUGACUCAGUGUGUUAGCAGUCAAUGGUUUGGUGGUUUCAAACGUCACUACAAUGUCCAAUGCCUUUGCUAUCAGACAAAGCCACAGGUUCAAAUGGGAGAGCUGCGAAGGAAUUUCUAGCAGUAAUAGAAAAGUUAAAUUAAAAACAAGGCUAUACAUUGGAUCAAAUUUUCUAUUUUAAUGAAACAGCUAUCUAUUAUCAUCUCGUGCCUUGAAGGUCGGAUAUCUUUUCUUUUGAGGCAGCGUCUCCAUCUGUUACCCAGGAGCCCUCAGCGCAAGAUGGCGCCGCGGGAGCCUACCCCUGCCAGUCUGCGGGAAUGCUAAGUGACAGCGUCCGCCGCCCUGUUCUAGCUCCCUGAGAAAGCUGGAGGGGAGCCCCGGUGGGUGCGAUGGCCGCGGUGGCUGCCAAGCGGGAAGGGCCGCAGUUCAUCAGUGACGCAGCUGUGCGGGGCAACGCCAACGCCGCCGCCGCUGUCCUGGAUUACCGCCUGACCUCAGUGUCAGCGCUGUCGGGGGCCACAGCCGGCAUCCUCGGCCUCACCGGCCUCUACGGCUUAAUCUUCUACCUGCUUGCCUCCAUUCUGCUCUCCCUGCUCCUAAUUCUCAAGGCAGGAAGGAGGUGGAACAAAUAUUUUAAAUCACAAAGACCUCUCUUUACAGGAGGCCUCAUCGGAGGCCUCUUCACCUAAGUCCUGUUCUCUAUGGCAUGGUGCACAUCUACUGAAAUAGGGGCAGGGGUGACUUUUUUAAAAGAACAGAUUGGGAGAACUGUUGCCAGAUAUUAAGACCGAAUAGACUUACCUAGUUUUUAAAUUGUUGAAUACGCUGCCUGUUCUGUAAUGUUAUAAAUAAUUUAUAUCUGAAGAUGGAAAGCCUGUAUCUUCAGAUUAAAUGAAGCAUGAGACACACACACAAAAAAAUCUGUUACCCAGGCUUGAGCGCAAUGGCAUCAUUACAGGUAACUGCAACCACAAACUCCUGGGCUCAAGCAAUCCUCCUG